AGAAUACCGUCGACUAUCCAGCUGAUGGGCACAACAUGGUCGUCGGAUACCCAGUCUCGUUUGUCACGCCCUUCUUAACGACAUCAGAGGUCCUAAAGCCAGACCAAUACCAUGACUCCAACCAUCCCCAUAUCGUGUCCAGCGCUACCGUCGAAACAUAUGGUCAUUCGCAUGCACCUAUGACCAUUCGAAUCGGAAAUGGAGGCUUAGGCCCAAGCGGCUUGGUUGGACACCUGGCGGAGAGAUUUCUCCAAGACAGGCAGUUGACGGAGCAAGUCAAAUUCGAAUGGGUCUGCAAUCACUCGAGGCAUUCCCAAGUCGCUUUGCAGGCGGGGAUAGUCGAUGUUGCCAUGACGUAUGAGAGGACCGAAGAGGCUCGAGCGGAAGCGGAGGGAUGGUCAAUCUCCAAAGGUGUAUUCUGCCAUGAUCACUUUCUGUUGGUCGGCCCUCGUUCGAACCCGGCCGGACUGCCCUCCGCGGCGACCAUACAGGAAGCCCUCGCUCGCAUCGCCGCUGGCAAUAUGUGUUUCCAUACCCGUGGGGAUGGCUCGGCAACGAUGCACCAGGAGCAUGCUCUGUGGGAGACGGCGGGAGUGCCCUUCGAGCUCCGCAGCCGGUCGUCGUGGUAUGUUCGGCAUCCCCUGACUCCACGAGAAGCGCUGGUCAAGGCAAAUGAGCAAGGCGCCUAUCUUUUGACGGACCGGGCGACUUUCCUACCCGCCGUAAAGCUAGGCGAGAUCCAGGACAUGGCCGUGUACGUCGAGGCUGGGAGCAACAUGAUGAACUCUUGCGCACUCGGGAUCCGAAGCUCGGAGAGGAGAACUAUCGUUUUGGAUUUCGUGAACUGGCUGCAGGAGGAUCGUGCCCAGGACAUCCUUGCGUCAUACGCUCAGGACUGGGAAAUGGGGCUACCGUUGGUGACGCCCCGGGAGGCGCCCGAAUUUGUAUCCCAACACGAGCUUCGGCAUCGGUUCGCACCUCACAGUGAAAGCCAGAGUGGAGCUUGCUAGACUCCCCCGCUCAUGUUCCGUGCUUGGUAGCUGAGUCUGUUACAGAGACCGUCCGAUGCCAGGUGAAGAAGUAGUGGGAUGGUGUCG